AUGUUGAACUGGAUAAACAUGGUAUGGAAAGCAGAGUUUCCACACAUUAAAUUAAUAUUCCCGUCAGCUGAUCCUAUUCAAUACACUCCUAAUAAUGGUCAGGUAUCUACGGUGUGGUUUGAUAGACAAAAGAUUUCACCCUUUGUGCCAGAAAAUUUAUCAUCUAUAGAUGCCUCAGCAACAAAACUGAAUGAGCUGAUCCAAGUAGAAGUUGAUGGUGGAAUUCCACUCUCAAGAAUUAUCAUAGGUGGUUUUUCUAUGGGUGGUGCCAUGGCAUUACAUCAAGUCUACAGGUAUCAGAAGCAGGUAGCUGGCUGUUUCGCUCUAUCAAGUUUUCUAAAUGAAGGUUCUUUAGUAUACAAGAAUGUUGAAAAUUUGCAAAACAAGUCAUCCCUUCCCCCGUUGUUUCAGUGUCAUGGGACCAGAGAUGGAUUAGUUUUGUUUGAUUGGGGAGCAGAGACAUUCAAAACAUUAACUAACUUAGGCAUUCCCAGAGAAUUUAAACAAUAUGAUAUUACUCAUGAAUUCAGUAAAAGGGGACUGAAACUACUGCGAGAGUGA